UGUAAUAAAUCAUUAUUUAAAGACCCAUGCCUGAGCUACGAAUUACAUUUGAGAUUAAUUAAUAACAUAGAAUUCUUAAUAAGAACAAUUUAGUUUAACUAAGGUUUGUAUUAGUAAAACUACUCUUUGAAUAUCUAUCAUAGAUAUUUCGAAUCCAACAAAAGAAUAUAAAAAGAAUUAGGAAGGUACCAAUUUAUGAUUCUUUAAUAAUGAAGAUUAUUCCAAUAGAAUGGGUAAGGUUCAUAAAAAUAAUUUUAUAUCAGGGUUAUUGA